CAGAGAACCGCUUCACUCUGUCGCAGCCAUGGCCUUCAGCAGAGUCCUCACUGUGCUGGUACUGAUCCACAACACCGGAGGUUUGCUUGGGGCUGAGAUGAGGAGCUCUAUCACCGGGGGCCACGAUGCUCCAGAGGGCAGAUGGCCGGGGAUGGUCCACGUGAACUUAACUGAUGGUAAAAGCGCCAAGUGGCGCUGCAGCGGCACCAUCCUCGACAGUCAGUGGAUUCUGACUGCUGCAAACUGCUGGAAAAGCAGUAGACAUCCUGUGCCUGUAUGGCAUAGAUCAUUUAUCGCGGUCGGCUCAUACAACCUGCAGAAGGCUAGUGCGCGUUACAUGGAAAUAUCUACUGUCUUGCUCCACCCUGCGUACCGGGCCCUGAGCAGUGGCUACAUCAACGACAUCGCCCUGGUAAAGCUGGAGAAAUCGUUACGGUUCAGUCAGCAGGUGGCCCCAGUGAGUCUGCCCAGCGCUGAUGACACCUUUGGUUCGUCAUCUGAGUGCUGGAUCGUUGGCUGGGUUCGACAGCCGGGUCAGGACAUCCUUCAGGAGAUGGAGAUUUCCAUCAUUCCUCACAGUGUGUGUUACGUCAAGUACCCUGCGCUGACUUCAGACAUGCUGUGUGUCGGAGAGCUGGUGACUGGAGGGAAGGACAAAUACAAAGUGUGUAUGGCUUUUGUACGUCCAGAUUACGAUGGCCCGCUGAUGUGUCGUGCAGCCGGCGGUGGUUACGUGCAGGUGGGCAUCAUGAGUUAUGGGGGUCCGGACGGUUGUGGUGUCCCAGGCCGCCCCAUCAUCUACACCCAAGUGUCCAAGUAUCUGCGCUUCAUCAAUGUUUACAUGGGCCACUAGGAGGCCUCCACUGAGGUGUGAACUUCCACGGAGCUGAAGCUGAUAACCUGCCUUCCUCUUUAUAGCUCCUCUCCUGUGUUGUACUAUCAGU